AUGGCAGACGAGGCGACCACCUUCUUCGACUGGGCCUCAACCCAGGGUGUUUCCAUUUGGGAAGUCGUCGCACGCAACUUUACCCACCAUGGACGAUUCGGUCCGGUGCAAAUCACGAAUACCGUGCCGCUUUUGCAGCAAGAAGAUCGACUCGAUCUGCUCCUAUCGCCCGCGCAAUUCGGACUACUCUCGGGUGUAGUGUUAUUUCUGUUCCUGCGGCACAAACUAGCGCGAUGGAAGGAGGAGCACAGUCAUGUGAAAAUUACCAACAACGACGACUUACGUCGCGUGGUUUAUACCUUCCUUACCUUUCUCGAGUUCCUAGUGAUAUCGCCGAUUCUGGUCACAAUUCUACUCACGUUCCAAAUGUACCGCUUUGUAAUACAGACAGUAUUGCAACAUCGUCAUGGGAAACAUUUCAAAGGUUUGCUGGACGGUGCAGAUGUGGUUUGGGCAAUAGAGGAUCAAAACUCACGGGGCAUGAUAAACAUUAUGGCGAACGUGGAGGAAUCUUUUACGUCCACCGACAGCUCGAUCAGUGCUGUCAUUUUGCUGACACUGCGCAAACGAAUAUCCUCGCGGCUUAUGCGUAACUAUCAGCCAUAUCCGAAAAUGUUCUGGAAGCGUAACGUCGCGCUCGGCUACUACUUUUGGUCCGAUCAAUCGGAGCUUACCGUUGAGGACUACAUUCGCUACAUGGAUACCAUUCCGCUUGCCGACGGUCAACGCUUCGUUGAGGAACACCAGCUGCGAAGUUUACUGAGCAAAGUUAACAAUCGACACCUACCGGCGGACCAUACCUCGUCGUGGGAAGUGCUGGUUGGCAAGCAACCCUUGUUUGAUGAGGCACGACAGGUGCUUAAAUAUCCCAUCCUGUUUCGCGUUCAUCAUUCGCUAGGUGACGGGGUAGCCCUGAUGCGCCUGCUGUUGGAAGCGAUUGUCGAUAAGGAGGUACCAUCACGCUGGAAGCAUCUGUCUAAGCUGAAGGUCAUGAACAUCAACUACAUCCUGAAACAGCAGAAUGCCGCCAAUCAGCAUCGCCUAACGGUGGGCGAAACAUUCCUCCAGCGUGUUUGGAAAAGCCUUCCCACAUCGGCAGACCUCACAGCACAGAGGGACAAAUUUGUCCGAAUUCUCUGGACAAUUUACACCGCUCCAGCGUUCUUCCACGACGUUUCCCGACGCCAGGCAGAUAACAAUUGCAUACAUGCGGUCACGAUGGCCAACGAAAAGGUCGUAAGUUGGAUACAGGAAGACCACAACAGUGACACCAACUUGGUCGAGAUUAUAAAGCGCACCAAACGGCUUAUCCCCGGCACGAGAUUCUCCGACGUCUUCCUCACUGCACUGUCGUCCAGUUUGGAAACUUAUUUUACUAGCCAAACUAGUAAGCCACCGAAAAACCUUACAGUUGUGCUACCGGCAAGAAUCGAAAAAGAAACGCCUCACUUGAGGCUACAUAACCGUUUUUCGGUAGCACUUCAGACCCUGCCUAUAUGCCCCGGCAUACAGAUGAACGAUUCUAGCAGGCACUACGCACUUACCAAACGCAUUCUAGCGGUUAAAAGUUAUUCUGACGUAUUACGUUCUUCCUCGGACUAUUUGAUUAACUAUUGGAUCAUGUCAAAAAUGACAUGCCUCUUUCCGGAGACCAUACUGAGAAAGAUUCUCAAAAGCGCACACAGCACGCUGGCGAUCUCGAACCUACCGGGACCGCAGCAGUUGCCACGAAUUCAGGGCAAGGAGCUGAAAAACCUCAGCUUUUUUAUUCCAAACCUUGGUACCACCGCCGUUGGAAUUACGCUUCUCACGUACGGUGGCAAACUUCAGCUUGGAAUACUAGCCGAUCGUGCAGUUAUUCGAACGGAAGACGAAGCCCAUAGCAUUCUCAAGGGAACAGUGGAAGAGCUCGAACGAAUGGGUCAAUUACUCGAGGAAGCUUAG